GGGCCGAGGCUGUUUUGCAGUAAUGUGAACGUCGCCUCCUCGGUUCCCAGGCUGCUCAGUGCUAUAUCUUCCCCGGAUUUCAUCCCCUUUUCUGACAUCUAUCUUUAACCUUGACUACGUUAUCUUUGACUUCUGGAGCGUCUGUUGAAUCUCAUAAUACUCUGGUAUCAUCCUAGCAAUCAUGGCCUCUCCUCAGCAAAUCCGUACUACUGUUACCGAUCUUCUCAAGAUCAACCACCCCGUCCUGCUGGCAGGUAUGAACGUGGCCGCUGGGCCCAAGCUGGCCGCAGCGGUCACCAACGCGGGUGGUCUGGGUGUCAUCGGUGGUGUCGGCUACACCCCCGAUAUGCUCAAGGAACAGAUCGCAGAGCUCAAGAGCUUUUUGAAUGACAAGAAUGCACCUUUCGGUGUUGAUCUUUUGCUUCCCCAGGUUGGAGGAAGUGCUCGCAAGACCAACUACGACUACACCAAGGGAAAGCUCAAUGAGCUUGUCGAUAUUAUCAUCGAGAGCGGCGCUAAGCUCUUUGUCUCCGCCGUCGGUGUUGCCCCCAAGCCCGUUGUCGACAGACUCCACGCUGCCGGUAUCCUCUACAUGAACAUGAUUGGCCACCCCAAGCAUGUCCAGAAGGCCCUCGACGCUGGCGCCGAUAUCAUCUGUGCUCAGGGUGGUGAAGGUGGUGGACACACUGGUGAUGUCCCGACUACCGUUCUCAUUCCUACCGUUGCCAAGCUGUGCUCAGGCAAGAAGAGCCCCUUGACCGGUCAGCCCGUGCAGGUCAUUGCUGCCGGUGGUUUGUUCAACGGCCAGUCCGUUGCCGCUGCUCUCAUGCUUGGUGCCUCUGCCGUCUGGGUUGGUACCCGUUUCAUCCUGUCCGAUGAGGCCGGUGCUCCUGUGGCUCACCAGGAAGCUGUUCGCACUUCUGGCUUCGAUGACAACGUCCGCACUAUCAUUUUCACUGGUCGCCCUCUCCGUGUCCGCAACAACGCCUACAUCAAGAACUGGGAAGAGAACCGCGCCGAGGAGAUUAAGCAGCUUACCGCCAAGGGUGUUAUCCCCGUUGAGCACGACUUUGAGAACCUGUCGGAUGACGUUGAUGACGAGACCUUGGACAACGCCCGCCCAUACCUGAUGGGCAAGGUUGCCGCUGUGGUCAACGAGAAGAAGCCCGCCAAGGCUAUCGUCGACGAGCUUGUCACAGAUGCCGUUGCCUGGUUGCAGAAGGGUAACAAGAUGAUUGCUAAGCUGUAAAAUGUGUUAUGUCUUGAUUGUUACGUAUAUUAUAUCCAUCUUUGGUAGACAGAAGAUCUAUUUGUGAAUAUACCAUUAAUUUCUGUCUUGGCCCAUCCAUUGCGGAGCAGUAUUUGCACUGGUAAAGGUCGCUUAUCCUAAUUCUUCUGAUAACAAUAUGCUAUCCACAGAAAGUCUCGCGCAUGUUAAAAUAGAAUAAUCCCUUCAGACCAAUGUUCUCGAUCUUCUGAAUCUUCAUCUGGAUAUUCC